GACGACAGCAUGCAGAGGGUUUUAGCCAAAGAGAGGUCAUCUCAGUCUAAAGCCCUGGACCUCCAGAGCCAGCUGAGCCGAGCUAAAACGGAGCUGAGCCAACUGCAGCGAAACAAGGAGGAAAUGGAGCGGCGCUUCCAGAGCCAGCUGCAGAACAUGAAGGACCGGCUGGAGCAGUCGGACUCGACAAACCGCAGCCUGCAGAACUACGUCCAUUUUCUCAAAACCUCCUACGGAAAUGUGUUUGGUGACUCUCUGCUUGGAAGCUGACAAGCAAAAUUUAUCCAGCCUGACCAGCAGUGAUCCUCCCGAACUAUCGUACGGGACAUAAACCGCAUUGAUUAAAGGUCUGCUUUUGACUUGAAGGUUUCAUGUUUUGUAUGAAAUUAAUAAAAUUGAAUUUAUGAAUAAA